AGCGGGCCCAUUUAUUUACUUAAAUGUAUUUAAAUUGGGUCUUGCAAAAUUUCGGGCCGGGUUUUCAAUUCACAGAACAUUUUUCUCUCUCAGUCAUUUAAGCAAACAGGUGAUGCGCGCUCUUACUCUUGAUCUUUUAGCCUCGAGAUUUUGACGAAGCUUUGCUGCAUUGUUUCGUCAGUUGAUUCGAACUACGCAGUCACAUAGAAAAAAAUGCACAAAUUGCGUACCACUAUUUUAGGUUACUCAAGAAUCAAGGUCCCUGCGAGAACGUCUUCUAUUGGAAACGAUCUUAAUGGAACGUACAAACGUACGCAAUUGCUUCGUACAUGCAGCACAGCUGCAAGUACCGACGCUGAUCAAGUGAUGGAUCGAGUUAUUAAGCUGGUGAAAAAAUUUGACAAGAUUGAUGCUGCCAAGGUGACGGAAAAAGCUGAUUUUCAGAAGGACUUGAGCCUCGAUAGCUUGGACAGAGUGGAACUCGUCAUGGCUUUUGAGGAGGAAUUCUCUGUCGAGAUAUCCGAUGCAGAAGCAGAUAAGCUGAAAUGCUGUGUGGAUGUUGCUAAAUAUGUUGUUUCUUGUUCCACCGAGAAAGUUCCAGAAGCUUCUUCUUAACUGUAUUUUUGUUACAGUUAGACAGCCAAACAAAAUUCCCCCCUUGUAAUAACGGUUAAUGGAUUGUGUUUAUUUGCUACCUUUCGUACUCUUUCUUGGACAAGAUCGGAACUGAAUGUCGUAAAUUUUUCGUAUUUACUGAAAUCCCAGUUGAGAUAUAUAUAUCUUUUUCUUGUUUAUGUUUA